AUGGUGAAUCCCGAAGAGUACAGCAAUGUUGCACCAGAAGAUGUCACAGAGUCCGAGGAGAUGAUUAUCCAGAGGGCCAGAGAGGCCUUCCUGCGCUACCAGGAGAUGUACGGUGGCGCGUUCGAUGACGAUGAGGAAGACGACGAUGAGGAGGAGUCAGCGUCAGGGAGUGGAGUUGGCGCUCCUGUGGACGAGGAGGAGCCCGAGGCGCCUCAGCGGAAAUUGCCGGAGAACAAUGCCAUCAAGUUCCUGCAGACGCCACACGGAAAAGUGGGCAUUCUCUAUCAGACCGACAAUCGCAGGGAGUCCACGGAUGAGCUGCAAGAGGAUGCGAACAGGCAGGAGAAGCCGGCCGGCAGGAUAACGCCAGUGCUGACGCCGGAUGGAAAAGUGGCCCUGCUGUAUCGCGGCGCCUCAGAGACCAUCAAAUACGAGCCGCUGCUCAAUGUGACGAGCAAGUUUGCUCAACCAGACAAUAAGUGGAUGCCAGAAGAAGCGACACAGUCAAACUCUGUUGUUGACUCUGCCACUGAAGUGACCACGGAGGCCACGGAGGCGUCCGAGGAGGACAAUGACGAGGAGAACUUCAUUCUGCCCAGCAUCAAUCGGCCACUGUCCGAGGUGCUGGGCAUCAAGAAGAACCAAUUCACGCAAUUCCGGAUCACAGAGGCCACCACGCCCAUGCCGCGUUCCGCCGUGACCUUCCGCAAGGCCGUCCUGACCACAAAGGCCACCUACGAUUACGACUACGAGGCCGCGGAGGACGACACGACAGUGGGCGCGAGCAAUGAGAUCGACCCGGAGAUCCUGUCGAAGACGGAAGUCGUGAAUCUCGCCAUCAUUCCCUCCUUCUCCAACGACAUCGAGCAGUACGCGCGCCACGACCGCGAGAAGCACUACCGCAGCUUCCGGCGCAACCGGGCUGAGGAGCUGUCCGGGAUCCACUGCGCCAUGCAAGCCAUGGUGGCCGCGGCGGCGUUGGCGUGCUUCUUCGGCAUGCUGGGGGCCUACUUCAAGACUAGGAUUCUAGACCAGAUCACCAUCAUGCAUUGGUAGGAAUUGCUUGGUAUCCGGCCGCAGCACUAGCCCGGAUACCAAGCGCAGGCAUCAUCGUGUAGCGUAGCGAGACGCGAUAUAUAAGAAUUUCAACUUUAAAGACUAUAUAGAGAGACGACAUAAUAAAGAGAUGAAAAAUAACACUUGAGAGGCUGAGAAAAAGUAAUUAUAGAGGUGAAGAAGCGUAUAUGUAAUAAAUUAUUCAACUGUAACAGUACCAAAUAGCCAUAAACAACCCUAUUUAUAGUGUAUUACAAGCUAAACUAUAGCCGGGGAGGAAGAGAUGUCUUUAAAGGAGUCUUUUUUAUAUAACUAAUAAUUGUAUAAUCUAAUAGAGAUUUUUGUACCAACAUCCACACGGAGAGACAAGAAGGAAGAAGGGUAGCCGCAUUUAUUUAACAAAUUGACGAUAUGAGACGAAGAGUACCAUCAUCAACGCAAGGAAGAAUCAACAUUCAGAUGAUUAUGUGAAGUUUUUACUGUAUUUUAUACGUAUGCAAGAUGCAUUUUUUAAGUAAUAAGUAAAAGAAGUAUUCAAUAGGAGUUUCUAUCUUGUAAAUAUCUCUCAUUUUAUAUUUUUCACCUCUUUUUUUAUAUAAUUCUUUUUAGUUUAGUUGUACCAUUUAUUUUAUUUCUCUCUCUUUUGACUAAUUAUGUAUAAAUGCGAAUAUUGACGUUAAACUUAAUGCAAAACAAAUAAUUUUAUAUUAAAAUUGCAAUUGAUAUGUGAAUCACAAGGAUAAUAAGGAAGAAUGAGCCUAAAUCACAUUUAUACAGCGUAUUUAUCGACAGAAAGAUAAGGAUUUUUCGACCUAACAUCACUGCCCAAUAUAUUUUACCAUCCAAUCACGAUGGGACUUAGUAAAUGAAGUAUAGUAGAGGAUGAAAUGUAUGUAUAAACCACCCCCAAUCCCCUCAAAUACAUAAUAAACAGUUGUCUUACAGAAAA